GGGCGUAUGAAGGUGUCGGGUCGGAGCAGGCAGGAGGCCUCCGCCUCUCGCGCACACCUGCUGCUCCCCAUUCCUUUCCUUCCUUCCUCCUCUUUUGUGCAGUGCAGAUGCGCGAAGAAGAAGAGCAGCAGCAGCAGCAGCAGCAAGCAGUUCCAAGGAGGGUGGGUGCGCGUGCUUUUUUAUUUUAUUUUCGCCUGCCUUUUCUCCUCUGCCUGCCGUGAUAUGGGAAGAGACUCCUCCUGAGCCUAGGACUUGGCUCACUCCGACCUCCUCCCUUCACCUCACCUGCCAUCCAUCCCCCUUGCCUUCCUUCUGACCAAGGCAGCGUGAAGCCAGCCUUCGCCACUCGGAGGAGAAGAUGCCCAGGAAGAAACUUCUGCAGCGCCCCGCCGAGCCCUAGGAGCCCCCAGGCGCUGGGAGGGACGCCCAUCCCUGCAUCUGGAUGGUGCCAGCGGACUGCUUGGCAUCGGGGCGCUUGCAGGAGGAGGCUGGUUGCCAGCAUGCUCCCGCUGCUGGGACUCCCCGGCUGAGAAGAGAGGCGCGCUCUGCACCAUCCCCAGCGGGUCACCCCCUUCCCCGUCGUGACCUUGGGCUGCCUCCGGUUUCAUGAGCGCCUCUCCCUCCUCCUCCUCCUCUUCCUCCUCCUCCGGCCUCUGAGAUCUGCUCUCCCUCCCCUCCCCACCCCCUCCCCUCCCUCCCCUUCCCCACCCCCUCAUGGCUGCAUCAGAAGAAGGAACUGGCUGUUUUCUCCCCAGAGGCAGGUCACAAAGCGACCCCAGCAUCCUCGGGGACACCGCCGGGACUGAAGCCGAGGAGCAGCAAGAGGAGAUGGAUCCAUCCCCUGCAGUGCGUUCCGAAUAUCUGGUCUCAGGGAUUCGAACUCCUCCCGUCCGAAGGAACAGCAAGCUAGCCACGUUGGGCAGGAUCUUCAAGCCAUGGAAAUGGAGGAAAAAGAAAAACGAGAAACUAAAACAGACGUCAGCAGUGUUAGAGAAGAAGACAACCGCAAGGCAAGGUCGGGACGAACUUAUUAAGAAAGGCCUGCUGGAAAUUAUGGAACAAGAUUCUGAAAGCAAAGCAGCAACUGGUGCCACCAGAGCAAUGCUGAGUGACCCUUCAUCCCCCACAUGCCAGGCACUUACCUCAGAAGAGACGCGGCAGGAACAUAUAUCAGCCACAACCAAUGCCACCUCACUUGGCGAGGAGCUGCAUUCAGAAGAGCUGAGAGAAGAUUCAGCCAAGAAGACGCCAGCUUCCUCAGAUGAACGUGAAAAUGCCAGCCUGCCAGCCUCUGAAGAGAAUCCACAAGCCUUACUUCUUCCGGAAUCCACGGAAUCGCCCCAGAAGCAGAUGGAAAGGAACUCAGCUCAGCUCCCCAGCCCUCCUCCAUCACUUCCAGUUCCGCCACCUAAGACUGUCUCCAAAGUCUCGAAGAUUGUACCAGGACAAGCUGCUCCCUUCCAGCCCUCAGGCCAGAAAAUCUCCGAGCCCCACCUCAGAGGGCAGCACACAACGCCAAAUGGCUCCCCUCACCUUGGUGCCGUCCACCUGCCUUUACCUCCCAGCCGAGUCAUCGAGGAACUUCACAGAGCUUUGGCCACCAAACACCGGCAGGAUAGCUUUCAGGGAAGAGAAAACAAAGGUUCUCCCAAGAAGCGAAUGGACAUCCGCCCAUCCAGAACGUGCAGCGUUGAUCACAGCAAAGAGAAGGAAAGUUUGGUGAGCUACAACAGCGACCCAGAGAACAAGCGGAAUUCCGUCAAGGAGUCGGAUGAGAACAAAGAGAACCUGAUCAUGAACUCUGAAAUCAAGGACGACUCUGUUUUCUAUCAGGAUGAAGAGGUUUUGAAUGACUCCAUCAUUUCUGGUACUUUGCCAAGAAAAUGCAAAAAAGAGUUGCUGGCAGUGAAGUUGCGGAACAGGCCAAGCAAACAGGAGCUGGAAGAUAGGAACAUUUUCCCCAGGAGGACCGACGAAGAGAGACAAGAGAUCCGGCAGCAAAUUGAAAUGAAACUUUCCAAGCGACUGAGCCAAAGACCUGCUGUUGAGGAACUAGAAAGAAGAAAUAUUUUGAAACAAAGGAAUGACCAAACGGAACAGGAAGAAAGGAGAGAGAUCAAGCAGAGGCUGACGAGAAAGCUUAAUCAAAGACCGACAGUUGACGAAUUAAGAGACAGAAAAAUCCUAAUUCGAUUCAGUGAUUAUGUGGAAGUGGCAAAAGCACAGGAUUAUGACAGACGAGCAGACAAGCCAUGGACAAGGCUCUCAGCAGCUGAUAAGGCAGCCAUUCGAAAAGAGCUAAACGAGUACAAAAGUAACGAAAUGGAGGUGCAUGCAUCAAGCAAGCAUUUGACAAGAUUCCACAGGCCAUAGAGGUUUUCUUCUGAGAAGAAUUUGUCUACUUUUUUGAUACCACUACUGAACAUGCAUCAGGGAAAGGAUGAAGGUCUUUCCUUGAGGUUCAGUCUAUGACAAGCUGAUGUUUCGCGUUCAAGAAGGGACUCUGCAGAUUCGGUCUCUGCAGCACACACUUAAAAGGGAGCAGCUAGCAGAGGAUGGACUUCGCCUCGGAGCUACAACAACACCUGCUGGGUGCGAGGAUUAGCUGGAAAUGACUGAAGUCGAGCUUAUCAAAAAGGAACCCAUUGCUCUCCUUUGUUACUUGUUAUUAAACUGUAUUGCAGCAUAUCUUGGGAAAGGAGAUGUUGUGCAUGUACAGGCUUUUUUACCAUUCCAAGGCCUCUGACAUAAAGGACAUGGUGCACAUCGUCAUUCAGUAUUAUCAUGGUGACAAGACAUCUGGAACUUAUCACGAUUAGUUUGUAUAAAACACUUAAUUUCAUGUUAUACAAAUUGAUUUACUAUAUUAUGGUUUAUUUCCUUUUUUUAUAUAUGUCUAACAAAACACAGCUGCGGCGUUUUUUUUGGGGGGGGGCUCCUGUUAUUCUUAUUUUCUUUAAUUAAAUGAUUACUUACUGCAGAAAACAGA